GUGUGACCGCCGCCACUUGUCCAUGGCUUUGCACGACUUUCUCAACUCGGUCCCAUACCCACUGACAGCCGUACUCAUCAGACUCGCUCCUUCCUUGUCUGCUAUACGAUAUGUCACACAAGUCCUUUCUUGGUCAACUUCUUGGUACGACAGCUUCCUGUCAAUAGCAGCUUGGUGGGCAAUCUGUCUCUUCAUGGAUAUAACCGUACGAUAUUUUCUACCAGUUGCAAUUCUCUUUGUCUGGUUUGUCGCCAAAACGAGCGCCACGAAUGAACGAAGCACUUUACCACCAAUUACCGAAAACGCGCUACAAUCAGCCAUUGCCGACCUCACCGCAAUUCAGACUUUCGUCCCUAGUUUUAAAGAAAUGAUACGGCCUAUUCCUUCUCGGAGCGUGCUGCUGAGAGUCUGCGCUCUCUUGUAUAUCCCGUAUCUCGCCCUCACGCAUUACAUACCCCUCUGGAUUAUAGUCGGGUUUCUCGGCACUGGUACGAACCACAUCAUAUAGCUUCCUCCUCAGCCUUACUCUCUCUUAGUUGCAUUAUCAUGGUGCUCCCCCUGGGCCAUCGUUAUUCGUUCUUCAGUCAGCUGCAGUGCCUGGUGCCGAUGGUGUGCUUACCACACUUGGUCUUUCCUGUCCGGACAGCCCCUUCCUCCUCCUCAGCCUAUAGAAACCUUCGCAGUUACAAAGCCGAUGGAACAAGAAAACAACCUACGCUUUUUAUUUACCAUUUAUGAGAACCAACGAUGGUGGAUGGGUCUGGACUUCUCAGCUGCCUUGUUGCCAUCCGAACGCCCCUCUUGGUCAACGCAGUCCCAGCAGCCUGUAGCGCCUCCCAAUCUAUUUACACUGCCCGAGGAUAGCGUUGUAUACCUACAUGACCAACAAGGACGACGUGUCAAAAGGACUGCAAAUUGGAGGUGGGAAGAACCUGAAUGGACGGUUGUUGUGAGGCGAGAAGAUGGUGUUCUCAGUCGGGUGGAAAGACCUCUGCCGAGCACGAAAGAAGAGACCACAAGUACAGGAUUGUUGAUGAAGAAGAUGAAGGAAAUGAAUAGCAAUAAUAGCAGUACAACUGCAAGUUCCGGCAAAGGCGAUAAUAACGAUGGGGAAGCUGUAGAUGACGGCGAAGAUGAAGGAGAGGACGAAGACCUUGUAACAGAUCCUGAUGGAUGGAUUUAUGGUGAUAACAAAUGGGAGAAGAAGAGUAGUAAGGGUGGAAUGGGCAAGUAUACUCGCUACAGACGGUGGACACGGAUCGCAAUGGUGGUUGAACAUGUAGAUGUCGUUGUAGAUGGUGAAACUGGGAUCGAACGAGCACGUUCAGACAUGGUAUCGAAACCUGAGGAAAGCCGUGGUGCGACUACCAGCGAAGGCAUGAGUCCUCUCCGCCAGCGACUCAAGUCUGCCCUUGCGAAGGGCUCUGGAGGCGGUUGAUAAGGGAUAUCAUAUUUUCACUCUUCACUGUAAUGAUACGUUGUUGAUGCGCAUACCAAUGAUACCGCCUGAUACCGCU